CGAGUGAGCUCCGUCCAGUGCGAGGAGGAGGUAAACGGAGAGAACAGGUGAAAAAAGGGGGGAGUGACAGAGGGAGAACGUAUGACUUCACUGACUGGAUGACAUUCACACAGUGUUCAGCAGGACAAGCCUCCACGUGUGAAGGACUUGAGAGACAGGGUGCAAGCGUGAGGAGAGUGCCUGGGGAGCCUUGAACCGCACCAGGGCGCGCCGGAGCUGGGACAGCCCUGAAGGGACAGCCCUGAAGGGACACCUGAGCCCUGAAGAGACACCUCCUGGAGUACGGAGUGAGCAGCGCCUCCUGGGAGUCAGUGAAACACCCAACAACAACCUGCUGUCGCUCCUCCUCUCCUCGCAACUGGCUCUCACCCCCCUCUCCUCCUCUUCCCCCUCUUCCUCCUCCUCCUCCUCCUCCUCCUACUCCAUCCUCUCUCCCUCUCUCAUUUGAUCCCAUCCCUCACUCCCUGCGCCAGCGAGGGAGAGCGUGCACUGAGAGAAGAGCCUGGGAGACAUCCAAGACGGCGGGACUGAGGAGAGCCAAAGAGUAAAAGUCAGGGAGAGAGCAACGAUCGGAGAUGGCGCUCGCCUCCUUGUCCUGGUGCCUCGGCGCAGCUUUGGCACUUGUUUGCAGCUCCUCGUGGCCCCAGGUGCACGCAGCUCUGGCGCCUGAGAACGAGGUGCCGCUUCGCCCGACUACAUGGUUACCAGAAGGAAAGGUCACGCCCGUAACGCUCCCCAAAGGGCGAACUCGCAGGUUAUACUUCAUGCUGAAGAAGAAGGUCCCGGCGUUCUCGGUGACCGUCAGCCCCUGCGACCCACCCAUCGAAUGGACCUUGGCGGCUCGCACCCUAAAGGACAAACCCUUAAAAAGCCUGCAAUGGAGCACUAAAAAGAGCACCCCCGAGAUGUGGUGGCGAGGUCCUGGUACUGAGGAGAAGAUCCACAGCUUCACCGGCAAUGCAGUGGACUCGUACAUGGGUCGUUCCUAUCCCGGUGCUUCCAUCUAUAUCCUGAGGCUGCGCUCCAAACAGCAGAACACCAGAGCUACAGUGUACUUCCGCGAAGGGCUCGGGCCCUCAGGCGCCUUCCCUCUGCUCCCAGCUGACCCGCGAGUUCACACUCUAGGUGUGGGCAUGACCAGCGUCACCCUCAGCUGGGCGCCCAGUGCCUCCGUCACCAGCCUCCCACUCGCCCAGGACAGCUACGAUUACUGCGUUCUCGUCAACUCUCUGCAAAACUACCCCAGCCUGUGCGCUGCGAGAGAGAGCAUGAGGAAAGAGAAAGACCAGAAACAAGAAAAGAAGGACAGAAAGAGGAGAGUGACGGUGUGGCCGAUUUUAAAGGAGUGGUGGUGGGAGCAGUGGGACGCUUAUCCCGAACCGCAGAGUCUACCUUCUUCCUCCCUGGCUGAUGAGUACGCUGACCUCCAGUGCGCGUGUCAGGGGACAGAGAGCGUUUGCACCGUGUCUGAGCUCCUGCCCGACACCCAGUAUUACUUUGACGUCUUUGUGAUCGACCGGCUAAACGGGACCAGCGCGGCGUACAAGGGGACAUUUGCUCGGACACACGAGGAGGCUCGACCUGCGAUCACCGCACUAAGAGACGGAGAGCUGAGGUGGGUGACCUUCCAGGACGGAGGCUUCAAGGCCGAGCAGUUCUUCAGUUUCCGUCCUCGAGGUUGGCAGCAGAGCGGCCUCCUCACCUUGCAGAGCUGUGGCGGAGGUGAGAAGGUCAAGGUAACCGUGUCUAGCAAAGGUCAGGUUUUGACCUCUCAGCCAGUGGGUGGGGAUUUAGUUCACAUUUGGCUGCAGGGAAGUCCCUCUUAUCUCAUCCACCUGGAGAGAGAAGGAACGACCACUGGCCAGUCCUCUGCUGCUACAGACCCAACUCCGCCAGGAGGUCUGGCGGCUUCAGUCAAAAUGCAGACCUCGUCGGCCUACCACCGCAGAGGGGUCCCGUCUCUGCCCUCCACUUUGCAGAUUAAAUCCUUCAACCGGUUGCGUGGAUGCAACAGCGUCACCCUGGCCUGGAUGGGCACAGAAGAAAGAAGCUUGUACUGCGUGUACCGCAGGAAGCUCGGAAGCCGCGACGCGGAGGUUGCGGGAGCAUCAGCUCUAACCGCUCCCUGUCUGGGGCCAGAGUCCCGCUCUGACACCGAGAGAGUUCUCUGCAAGUAUUUCCAGGAGCUGAAUCCUCGGCGGGCCGUCACUACAGCUGUGAUCGGGGGCCUGGAGCCAGGAAUGGCCUACGUGUUUGAUGUGUAUCUAAUGAGACGCUGGGGGAUCCCUAUCAAGUACGCCAGCAAGAUGGUGAAGACCAGAAAGGAAUGCUGAGCUGCCGCCCCCUGCAGGAGGUUUUUAAACUGUCCCAGUUAAGGGUAAAAUGCAUCAGCCAUGGACAUGCUGUAAAGACUGAGCGAGAGAGCGAAGCCAUUUGACUGUUGCGGAGAGACUGUUACCAUAAAAAGGAAAUAAUCCCUCUGGAGGAGCUGUGCUUAUAUUCAGAAGUCCACUUACACUUUAAGUGGAAGCGGGUGGAAAGCCUACGAGAAGGAUCUGCACACCAGCAAAAGUUCAUAACAAUUACAAUACAACUCUUGUGCUUUUUGUCAUUUUGUUUUUCGUUGUUGAUCAUGAUAAUGAUGUGCCAGUUGUCCAAGUGCUUACUUUGUGUCUCCAGUACAAAGGACAGAUGAGGUUUGUGAUGACACAGAGCCGAUACAAAAACAACAGCAGAGACUGUGCCAAACAUGCAAAGGAAGCAGAUGGGGCAAUAAUUAGAUAACAUCUGAGACGAGGGGGGGUUUGCAGUGUAUAUUUCCAGUGCUGCAUAUUGUACAGGCUUAUAAACAAAGAUGGGUGCAAUCUACAGAAGUUCAAAGUCAGUGUGUAUCUUUGUGUCCUGCUUUCGCAUGAAGCAGUGAAAAAUACUUAGUGACUUGCCUCAUUGUCUUUGGUGUAUUCUUGUGCUGCUUCAAACUCACCAAUAAAUACUAGGAAAUCUGUA